CUUUUUCGGUUGGUAACGCUGACUUUUGAUUGAAGAAGAAGAAGAAUUUUCUGACACGGUGUCUCAUGCUUGCUGACUCCCAUAAAAUAGCGGCUAAAUAUAAUUAAUUCUUAAUGUAUUUUAAUUGUGAUGUGUAGUUAGAGUAUAUUAGACGCAAUGUCUAUUAAUUUUAUACAUGUUGUGCUCUACAAUUUAGUGCAUUUUACCUGUACAGUAAUCGAAUGUAUAGUUUAUUUACUAGGAAUAACUGUUGAUUUUUAUCAUGGGGUUUAUUAUGGGAAACACAAUAACGAUGUUUUACUCCAAAAACUUAAGUGUUUAGGAAAACCACCUACGCAUUUAACUGUUCUUUUGGGUCAUGAAGAACCUUCAUACAAAGAUUUGGCUAAUAUUGUUUUUUAUUGCAUAUCAACAGGAAUUCCAUAUCUGAGCUUUUAUGAUUAUAAAGGUGUAUUAAAAAAACAUCAAAAUGAACUGGAGUAUCACGUAAAUGAAAUGAAAAGCAAAAAAGACCACAUAAUAUGGCAUAACAAUUCCUCUUCAGUGCACAAAAACGGAUUCAUUGGCAGAAAAAUUCACUUAAAAGUGUUUUCCCAAGAAGAUGGACAGAGCAGCAUUGUAUCACUAUGUAAAAACAUUGCAUCAGAAAAAAUAGAAACCAAUUUUAGCAUAGACAGUAUAAACGAACACUUAAAAAAUCACUACGAGUUUCCAGACCCCGAAUUGGGGCUAUAUUGUGGUGAAGUGUUUAGUUUGUAUGAUUAUCCCCAGUGGCAAGUUCGUGUGACAGAGUUUUUAAGUGUUAAAAGUCAUCAUAACCUCACUUUUGAAUUAUUUAUUGAUAAGUUAUUAAGGUUUGGUAAAUGUGAACAGAGACUAGGAAAAUAAAUGUUUUAAAUUAUUUUCGAUUCCAUAAAUGUGUUAGACUGUAUAUAGGAUGUAAUAAUAAACUAAUUAAAAUAUAUAUAUUUAUUGAUAAUUU